GUGAUGUUGCGGCGCGCGCCCCUCCCCAAUGCAAGCUGUUGUUAUUCACUAUCAGAUUUUAACUCGUCCGGAUUGUGUGUUUUUGUGCUCGCCUGGCCUGUCUGCCUACCGCAGAGGCAGACAGCUGAUGAUGAGCCUCUUGGGGAUAUUUAAAGCCCAGAGAAAGCGGAAGCCUGGCCUGCAGUGUAUUAUCAGCUGAGAACUAGCUAUAGCACAGUGCUGACUGCUGAACACAACAGCAUAUCAUUAGCUAGCUAGCUAGUAAUACUGCACUGUGACAAAUGCUGCUUCACACACAAAGAUUAAAAUGACAAGAGAGGGAAUUGCGAGGCUAAUAGGGAGGUAAUGUCUGCCGAAGGAAGACAUCUGUUAGAAGAGGACGUGAGUGAAUAAGAAACUAAACAUCCUGACCUGUGCAGAGCAGAUUUUGUAUUUUCUGCUCCCUAAGUCAACCCUCUGACCCUUUACACCCUCAACUCCAUCUGUACGGUCACUGGAUAGACUCUGUUGCCAUGACAACAGGCGGGUGUUGCCACCUGCCAGGCUCUCUGUGUGACUGUGCCAGCAGUACGGGUCUGUGGAAGAGUGUGGAAGAGGCCGGUGGUGAUGGGUGCCAGGCGCACUAUGUCACCCAGGUUACAGCUAUCGAUGGACGGCUGCUGUCGUCUGUUCUCAAACCCAUGAGCGCACAAAGUGAUGGUCCUAUUUGCCGAAUUUGCCAUGAAGGAGGAAACAGUGAGGGUCUCCUGUCCCCAUGCGACUGUACAGGGACAUUGGGUACUGUGCAUAAGAGCUGCUUAGAGAAGUGGCUGUCAUCUUCCAACACCAGCUACUGUGAGCUCUGCCACACAGAAUUCAGCAUCGAGCGCCGACCUCGGCCUCUCACAGAGGUAACAAAGUGGCUGCGGGAUCCAGGCCCUCGUAAUGAGAAGAGGACAUUGUUCUGUGACAUGGUGUGCUUCCUGUUCAUCACGCCUUUAGCAGCCAUUUCAGGCUGGCUGUGUCUAAGAGGGGCCCAGGACCAUCUUCAGCUGGGGAGCUGGCUGCAGGCAGUGGGCCUUAUCGCCCUAACCAUCGCCCUCUUCACCAUCUAUGUCCUCUGGACCCUGGUAUCUUUCCGCUAUCACUGUCAGCUGUACUCUGAGUGGAGAAGAACAAAUCAGAAAGUACGUCUGCUCAUUCCUGAAGCCAAGGAGUCACACUCUUCCCAGCAUUCCUUGCUCUCCACUAAAUUCAUGAAGAAGUCUGCCAACGAGAGUAUAGUAUGAGAUCAACUCCAGCCUUUUAAGAUGUUGAUUAUAGCGUCGUUUAGUGUAUGUGUGGGAGUGGAUUCUCCAAGCGUCGCGCCUGCCAGGUGGACUUUAAAGAAGCACUCGUGGGCUUGUUUGUUGCUUCUUUUUUUUCUUUGCCCCAUUUGUACUUUAUUUUCACAUCACACUUUUCCAAAUCUCUGCUCCCGUGGGUGCUUUCAUGAGCACAUCUGUCUCAUGCUGGUCACUGACCGAGCUUAUGCAAAGGCACCGAAGAAUGAAACAGCACAGUGACAUGUGCAGAGACCUUCACAAAGGCAUGGGGGUAGUCUUAAUAUGGUUGUAAUGACAUUAGCUCACAGUGAUUGUGGAAUAAGAAAUGCUAAAACUAAUGUGUUUAGUGGACUAAUGAUUGUUCUGCAGUUCAUCAGUGGUCCACAAAUAACUGUGUGCAGCGGAUCCAUUCACUGCUGUGGUUCAAUAAUGACAGAUACAUGUCAUAUCUGGGAAUGCACUUACCUACGUAGACCCUGCACAACAUUGCCCUUUGUGCAGUAAUUAUUGUGUGAUAUUCUAUUAAUCUGUUAUGGAAAAAUGACAAGAUUGGAGUUUUACCUAAUUUACAUUUCAAAAUCCAGAUAUGGAAUAUGUUGAAAUGAAACCUUUUUAAUUUUAACACAAGCCUUUUAGAGUCCUCUCCUCUAUGAAGGGGCGUCGGUAAAACAGUAAAACCAGAGAUUGUGCAAUAAAACACUGUGGACAUGGAGGCUUUAGCAGCAUUCAAAGAAGCCUCCGUCAACAUGCACAGGUCUGCAUGCAAGCACUGUUAAUAUUUCUUUGGAAAAGUUUUUUUUUUUUUUUAACUGUUAAUGUAUUGUAAAGUCAUUUUUAAACCACUUAAGAAUGAACAGAUUUACUAUUCCUACCGACGUAGGCUUUAAGUGUCCUCGUAGAGGUUCUUGUACUAUCAGCACUUAACAAGUAGGUCUUUAUAUUUAUAUCGAUCAGCUGAAAACUCCAUCAAAAGAGCUUUUAGAGGAACAUUUUCAAGUGUUGUUUGGUGGUUGGUGCAGUGUAACUUAUGCAUCCUUCUAAUGGCCUGUUGAAGUAUCUGAUUAUUAGCUUUUUCUUGUGUGUAUUUGGUUUUGAAAUAAUACACAUCACUGUAUGUGUGUGUUUUCAUGAUAACAUCAAGAAUCAGGGACAUGGAAACUUCCUGCAAGCUUUUAUUAUUGAAGUGACAUGUACAAUUAUUUCUCAGAUGGAGAUUAUUUUCUGUGCUGUUCCCAGUCACGCAGACGUAAAGAUCACCCACCAAUGACUGUUAGGGUGGAUCUGUUAUGCACAAAGGCCAAAUGUGAGGACAGCUCUGUUCCGUUUUUUUAAGCAGGCCAAUUAAUGCUUAUGUGCUUUUCUUUGUCUAUUUUAGUGUCCACUUGGAUGUCGUCUCUUUAGGGAGUAACUUUGCCCUCAUGACAUUUUGAUGUUACAGACCAGUCUCAGUUGAAACUCUCUGUUGUGGAUGUUCAGGAGCACACUCACUCAUUCUGUACGUAGUAGUUUGGUGCAAUUUCUAAAGGCCUCUCUACCAGUGAGACGGGGUGGUGUUUUUGUCUGCUUCUCGUUUCUCAUAGUGGCAGAAAAACAAACUCAGGUCUUACUGGCUGAGUCAAACCGUGGUCAAAUUCAUCUAGUUUCCUUCAUUCCAUUAACUUGAAACGGUUAAUUGUUACCGUUUACGUACUGUGGGAUUUCCCCAGACAAAGCAGGCUGAAGAUGAACACUUCAGGACUUCAUAAAAGAGAAUAUUUUUGACUCUAAUGGCUAAUUUUCAUUAAUGGUGAUCACAGUAAUCAUUGUCAUACUAUGAUUAGAGUUUGUUUUCGAUGUGAUUUUUCUCUUAGAUAGACCCGUUCAUUUACAGUGGUAUUCAAUAUUGAUUCAGUAUAUAAUCGUAUUUCACCUAUGGCUUACAGGGGCCAAAAGUCUGUAUUUUAUGCACAAUUUUAAGCCUUUUAUUUAUGAUACAUUUGCUUUAUAACAAUCAGGUUUGACCAGUAUUUUAGUUGAAGUAAGUUACGAUAAUGUCACAGAUUGUGAUGUGUUAAGAACCAUGUUUCUGUUUGACUGCUGACAGUGUGGCAUUAAAUUUACCUGUAUUUGUCACAUUAUUUUCUUUCUCGGCUUCUUGUUGACACUAUUGCUACUGUUUUCCUCAUUUGGCUUCUGGUGGGUUGAUGCUGCCCCAGUUAAUCAUUUGUUUGUGUUUUUAACUGAUCUCAAAACAAAGGAUUAGAUCCUGCAAUACUACACCCGGGGUUUGUCUGCUUUACAGGCUUAUGAGUCACUCGAUCAUCAGUGUGUUUAUCGUUUGUUAUCAACCAGGCUUUACCCCAUGAAGUGUCAGGGGAAGUGAUGAAAAAAACAAAACAAAAAAAAACAGGUGCAGCCAUCUCACAGUAUGUGAGGAAAAGAAACAACAGAAUUUUUAGUAAAUUCUGCAAAAGAAGGAAGUUUAUUUUCUGAACUGCUCCAUUAAACCGGUCAUGACAUUUCCAGAGGUUUUUCUAGUAUUAAUACACAAUACAAUCCAUAAAGGGAUUUUUUAACACACUAUUUAGAUGUCAAUGUUACUCAUAUUUUGUUAACUAACAUUUUGUAGUCUUUACAUAUUUUCUGGGGUGGGUAUGAUGAUUAAUAUGUAUCAUUUGUAAUUUCUGUUGCAAUUCAGAAGUAUUCACAUUUUUUAAAUACUGCGAUGUUGUAUAAAGAACGAUGUCUUCACCAAAAUACUGGUACCUGCGAUCAGCCAAGAAAUGUUUGCAAAGCAAAUAAAACAUAACAAUGACUGAAUGGUUGAACCA